CCGCGGGGGUGGAAAUGGCGAUGGGUUGAGGGGAGGGGAGCGCAGUCAAGGACUGUGGCGGGGGAGCAAGUACAGUACACGUAUAAGCAGGAGAAAUAGAGUUUUCCGGGCGCUCGGAAUAAGAAGGAAGGAAGAGGUGCUGGCUGAUAGAUAUGGCCGCGGGGGUUCUUGCUAUGCCUCUUCAGCCUUCUCUACGCAGCUCGCUCGCCUGCUCGCGCCCUUUGUUGCGCAAUUUCUUCUCAGCAUCGUCGUCGCGGCCGUGUUCUUUUGCGCUCCCGUCGCGCUCCGCGGUCGCUCGUAGAUCGGAUCCGCGGGCCAGCAUUCUUCUUGGCAGGCCGCGCUCACGGCAUUGUGCGCGAGGCCGCAGCGUCGCCGCGGCAUUUUCGUGUUGGAGCUCCAAGCAUCCUGCGGUACGGCGCCCGGGCUCGGCUGGAGGAGGAAGCGUAGAGAUUCAGGAGGCCAGGAAUUGGACGCAUCGUGCAGGUAGCGGUGUCGUAGCGCGGGCCGCAGGAACGUCUAGGUGUAUGGCUACGGUAACAGAGGAAUCGGUGGAGAAGACGGAGAAAGGAAAUCCCUUGCUCGAUGAUGCUCCGCUACCCCUUUUCGAUGCUGUUGAGGCGUCGCACGUGAUUCCCGGCAUACGCGCCCUGCUCAAAGACCUGGAGAAGGAGCUUGAAAUCCUUGAGAAAAACGUGCAGCCAACCUGGCCUGGACUUGUGGAACCACUAGAGAAGAUAGUAGACAGAUUAUCAGUCGCCUGGGGCACUGUAAGCCACCUCAAAGCUGUUCAAGAUUCACCAGAAUUGAGGGCUGCAGUUGACACAGUGCAGUCAGACAGGGUCGCCUUUUCUCUUAGGUUGGGCCAAAGCAAGCCUAUCUAUGAGGCAUUCAAAGCUAUCCGUGAGGGGCCUGUCUGGGCUACCCUAACCGAAGCUCAACAACGAAUUGUUGACGGUGAGCUGAAGGAAGCAACGCUUAACGGUGUCGGCUUGGAGGGAGAGGCGAGAACCCGUUUUAACGAAAUUCAGCAGGAACUGGAGCAGCUGUCUACUAAAUUUAGCGAAAAUGUCUUGGACGCUACCAAGAAGUUUCAAAAGCUUGUAACCGAUCCGAAGGAGAUUGAAGGACUCCCCCAGACUGCUCUCGGUCUAGCUGCUCAGUCCGCUGUCGCUAAGGGUCACGAGGGUGCCACACCAGAGAGCGGUCCAUGGGUCAUAACUCUGGAUGCUCCGAGUUAUAUGCCAGUUAUGCAGCACGUGCGCAAUCGAGCUCUCAGAGAGGAGCUGUACAGAGCCUACCUAACCAGAGCCUCUAGUGGGGAGUUGGAUAACACACCAAUUAUUAACAAGACUUUGGAGUUACGACAAGAGAAAGCUGAGCUCUUGGGGUUCAAGAAUCAUGCUGAGGUAAGCAUGGCUAUGAAGAUGGCCACUCUUGAGCGGGCUGAGGAGCUUCUGGAGCAGCUUCGAAGUACUUCUUGGGCCCCUGCUGUCAAAGAUUUAGAAGACCUUAAGGAGUUCGCCAUAGAGCAGGGGGCUCCCGAAGGGAACGACAUGCGUCACUGGGACGUAACAUUCUGGAGCGAAAGACUGCGGGAAGCCAAAUUCAACAUCAAUGAGGAAGAACUUCGCCCUUUUUUCUCUUUGCCCAGAGUGACUGAGGGCCUGUUUGGUCUUGCCAAAAUGCUAUUUGGGGUUGAUAUCGAAGCUGCGGAUGGUCUUGCACCGGUUUGGCACAAGGACGUGAGAUUCUACAGAGUCAAAGAUCUUGCAGGAGAGCCUCUUGCUUAUUUUUACUUUGAUCCCUACUCAAGGCCUUCUGAGAAGAGAGGAGGGGCCUGGAUGGAUGAAGUCCUUGGCCGUAGUCGCCUUCUUGCUCCAGCAGAUAGAAAAGUCAGGCUACCGGUAGCACACAUGGUGUGCAAUCAGACUCCACCAGUUGGUGAUGAACCUAGUUUAAUGACAUUCCGUGAGGUAGAAACCGUGUUUCACGAGUUCGGCCAUGCCUUGCAACACAUGUUGACAAGACAGGAUGAAGGACUUGUGGCGGGUAUACGGAAAGUAGAAUGGGAUGCUGUCGAGUUGCCUUCUCAGUUUAUGGAGAACUGGUGCUAUCAUAGAGCGACACUACUUGGGAUAGCCAAACACUACAAGACUGGAGAAACACUUUCGGAUGAAUUGUACAGCAAGCUGCUGUCAGCACGAACUUUCCGUGCAGCGUCCAUGAUGCUACGACAGAUCCACUUUGCAAGUAUCGACUUAGAGCUACAUUCAAGGUUCAAACCAGGUGGCAAAGAAUCAUUAUUUGAUGUUGAUCGAAGAAUAGCCGAGAAGACUCAGGUCAUACCCCCAUUGCCGGAGGAUCGAUUUUUAUGCGGUUUCAGUCACAUUUUUGCAGGUGGCUACUCGGCUGGAUACUACAGCUACAAGUGGGCGGAAGUUCUAUCCGCCGAUGCUUUUUCUGCAUUUGAGGAAGUAGGCCUGGAGAAUGAAGAGGCUGUAAAGGAGACGGGGAAACGUUUUAGAGAGACCGUGCUUGGACUCGGAGGAGGCAGACCACCUGCUCAGGUCUUCAAGGACUUCAGAGGAAGAGAUCCAUCAACAGAUGCCCUUCUUCGACACAGUGGCCUCCUGGCGACUGCGACUGCUUAGAUAUACAUGAAUGUCAAAAGAUAAAAGUAGACGGAACUUUGUCGUGUAAGGGAUGACAAGGUUUGGGUUGUCCAUAAUGAUAUUCUUGAGCCAAUUUUUUGGUACUGUAACAGAAAGUUAUCUUCAGUUCAUUCGAAAUUUCUCACGUCGUGUUGGGUUAAUGACUUUGAGACUGACUGCAAUGUAAGUUUGAAUGUGUAU